AUGCAGAUGAACCGAAUGCUCAUGACGGUCAAGACAAUGAACAAAGGGAUGGGUCAAAGGCCAUUCGCAAGAAACUGAAUGCGAAGGGCAAAAGAAAGAAGCGCGAUGGUUCGAGAAAGCAGAACAGACGAAAGAUUCCGAGGAAUAAGGCGGCGAAGAAACGAAAGGAGCACAAGUGUCAUGUGUGUGGUUAUGUUACAUCGCAUAAAGGUCAUCUCAAUGUACACAUUCGUAUUCACACAGGCGACAGGCCAUACAAAUGCUAUCUCUGCGAAUUGAAAUGUUUUGUCAAAGGCAAUCUCAAACGUCAUAUGCAAGCAAAACACACCGGUGAACGUCGAUUUCAAUGCGAUGUCUGUAAAAAGCGAUUCACCCAGAAGUGUACACUCAAUCGACAUUUGGCACAGCAUCGCGAUCAGUUUCCAUUUGAAUGCAUCAAGUGUGGUCGUGGAUUUUCAACAGCAGCCGAUAAAACAGCGCAUGAAAAGGCUUGCGGUCAUCGUCAAUAUCAAUGCUACGUGUGCAAAGUUUUCAAUUUGCAAAAUACCAAUUUACGCAAUCACAUGCGAGUCCAUCAUACAG